AUGAUUUACAAUCAUAUUUUAAAAGGUCUCAAAAAAUUUGAAGAUCCCAAUCACCCGUUUUUGGGACCUAACAUUUAUGGUCUUAAAACAUUUGGAUUAUUACACCAUACUAAUAAAUAUGCAAGAAUGUUUUACAAAGCUUUACAUUUAUGUUCUUUCAUAUUCGUUAUAACUCAAAUUGUAGAUAUUUACUUCAUGAGAAACGACUUCAACAAAGUACUGUUAAAUAUAUCUAUAACAGCUUUAAGUUUAAUUGCUAUAUGCAAAACUAUAUCUUGCCUUUUUUUACAAUCACGUCUACUUAAAGUAAUCAAUGCAAUUAACGAAGAAGAAGCGGCACUUUCUUCAUAUGAUACAUUUGAAGAAAAACAUAUGAAGAAUGAUAUAAAUUAUGCACGACUUAUCACAUAUUUAUAUUGGUUAGUUAUCUUGAUAACUAGUGUUGUAACAAUUAUCGCUCCAUUUUUAAAAUAUGCAACGACUUCAUCGUAUAGAGAGGAAAUAAAUAACGGUAAUGAACCAUAUCCACAGAUUUUGAGUUCAUGGUUUCCUUUCGAUAAUAAUAAGAUGCCGGGAUAUUUUGUCGCAACACUAAUUCAUACGAUCAUGACAAUACAAGGAGCUGGAGUUGUCGCGGUUUACGAUGCGAACGCGGUUUCAAUAAUGAUUUUUCUAAAAGGACAUUUUAUAAUCUUACAAGAAAAAUGUCGUCGAAUUUUUGAAGCUAAGGAUGGAAAUUUAACAAAAUCAGAAAUUUUCAUUAGGAUUAAAGAGUGCCACAGACGUCAUAAUUAUCUGCUGAGAUUGUAUUCGACAUUUAAUUCAAUGAUAUCGCCGGUUAUGCAGUUAUAUGUUCUUGUGUGUUCUAUAAACAUUUGCUGCAGCGUGAUACAGUUAAAUCUGGAGAAUGUGGCAACAUCACAAAAAAUAUGGGUAUUUGAAUAUGUUUCUGCUCUGGCAAUACAACUCUUUUUAUUGUGUUGGCAUAGUAAUGAAAUAAAGGUGGAGAGUGACCGAGCAGACCGUGGUGUGUAUGAAAGCAACUGGUGGAAGGCUGACCCGAGUGAGCGCAAGCAACUCCUACUGUUGGCAGGGAAAUUGGCCCCGACGUACAUAAUGAAAGCCGGCCCGUUCACUGAGCUCUCCAUUUCAACAUUCAUCGAUAUAAUGAAGGGGACAUACAGUUUUUACACCUUGUUUGCACAUAUCCAAGAAAAACGAGAGUAAUGUAAAAAUUACGCAAAAUUUAACACAAUUACAGAGAC